GUUCGAGAGCAUGCGCACAACCGCAGCAAGAGAACAUUAUUCCUCCUGUCACCAGUGCCUGUCACAACAUUGAGGGGCAAAACGACAGCAGUGUGGUCUCUGGCUUCUAAUAGAUCUGUGAAGACAUAGAAUGUGAUUGGAAUGGAAGCUCGGAGAAGGAGUCCCUGAUUGGCCGAAAGACUGGGCGGGUGCACAUACCAAACGGGAGAAAACCGAAAACCUACAAUCAUCUCAUGGGUCUCCCCGUCGAGGGCGGCAGGAAUCGAUCCUGUCUCAAAUGAUGCAGGCAGAGGAUAGGAAGAAAAGGAGUUUCAGCAAGGGCGUGGCGGAGGAAUAUUGUCUAAGAGAGCGACCAAACGAGGACACAGUAAAAAUGAAGAACAAAGUGACAAGCACACAAGCAGUGAGGGGUAAGAAGAAGGCAUGGUCGUGGGAUCAAUACCUGGGAGAGAAGAAGGUCAUAGCAGCUCCCCUAAGACUCUUCACUGAGGCUCAGUCAUUCCCCCUUAGCAGAAAUGGUUUCAAGGCGGGGAUGAGGCUGGAGGGGAUCGACCCUCUGCACCCCUCUAUGUUCUGCAUCCUGUCCGUGGCAGAGGUGAUUGGUUACCGAUUACGUCUCCACAUUGACAGCUACUCAGAAUGCUAUGACUUCUGGGUAAACGCAGACUCUCGGGAUAUCAGGCCAGCCGGAUGGUGCGAGUCGACAGGACACCAGCUCCACCCACCAAAAGGCUACAAUGAAAGCGAGUUUAACUGGGAGAAAUAUCAAGAGGCUUGCAAUGCUGAAGCUGCACCAAAGAAUCUGUUUAAAUCCCAAAAUGGUACUACGAGCACCUCUAAGUUUCAGGUGGGCAUGAAACUGGAGGCAGUGGACAGAAAGAAUCCAUGUCUGGUGUGUGUGGCCUCGGUGGCCGACAUCGUGGACAAUCACUUCCUGGUUCACUUUGACAACUGGGACGACACCUACGACUACUGGUGUGACGCCAGCAGCCCUCACAUCCACCCAGUGGGCUGGUGCCAGGACCACGGAAGACCUCUCACUGCACCUCAGGGACACCCCAAUCCAGAACAUUUCCUGUGGGAGGAGUACUUACAAGACAACGGUUCCACGGCGGUUCCAAGCCAGGCUUUCUGUAUGAGAGCGCCUCACAGUUUCCAGGUGAACAUGAAGCUGGAGGCGGUGGACAGGAGGAACCCCAUGCUGGUCCGCGUGGCCACCGUCUCAGACACUGAGGACUACAGGGUCAAGAUCCAUUUUGACGGCUGGCAUGAGAAGUUUGACUUCUGGGUGGACUCUGACCUGCCGGACCUUCACCCUGUGGGCUGGUGUGCCCGGACAGGUCAUCCCCUGGAACCCCCCCUCUCACGCGCAGGACCUUCUGACCUUAAGAGCUCCGUGACCCAGGGAGUGUGCCCCACUCCGGGCUGCAGGGGUGUGGGCCACAUCAAAGGAGCCAAAUACACAGGACACCACAGUGCCUUCGGCUGUCCCUACUCCGACAUCAACAUGAAGAAGGAGGCCGUGCUGCCUGACCGGCUGGGCGGCGAAAAGCAGAUCACCUUUGUCCCUGUGCACUUUGUCCAGAAGACCAAGACGCUGUGCACUGCCAACGAACAGGAGGAAGCCACGCCCCAGGACACUCCCAUGGAAACCAGGGCUAUGUUGUCAGGGUAUGAGGAGGCUGGUCGUCUGAGAGGACGACCCCCAGCCAACCCCCUGGUGAAGAGAGAGCCAAGGGAGGAACCAGCCACAGCUCAGGGACAGAAGCUCCUCUCUCUGGGGAAGAGAGGCCUACCCAGCAGGCUCUCCCAGUCAACAAAAUAUCUGCGAGUCAAAGAGGAGGAGGAAGAGAUUGACUUGAAUAGCAUGAUCACAGAGCACAGCGUGGACAGCCUGCAGCAGGCCCUCCACCAGUCAGUGUUCCUGUCGGCAAUGUCGGCCCACCCUGGCCGGGACCUGCCCCUAUGCUGGGAGCAGCACUGCAAGCUGCUGCCUGGAGUGGCCGGAGUACAGGCCAGCCGUGUGGCCCACUGGACCGCGGAGGAGGUGGCUGACUUCAUCCACUCUCUUCAUGGCUGUGAUGAACAAGCCAAGCAGUUCAAAGAGGAGCAAAUUGACGGGAAAGCCUUCUUGCUGCUGACCCAGCGCGACAUCGUCAAGAUCAUGAGCGUGAAACUCGGUCCUGCCCUCAAGAUAUACAACUCCAUCCUGAUGUUCAAGCACGCUGAGGACAACCAAUCGGCAGCUGGCAACGCCAACACAUGAAGCAUCGGAAGCCACACCCACCAGGCCCACCCUAUGUGUCUGUCAAACACAUAGAUUUACUUUAUGGAUUCAUUACAAAAUCCCUGACCCCUGACUCCUGCUCCUUCACCUUGGCCUACAGGCACUUUAGUUAAAGGACUUGAACUUCAACUAAAGCCGCUACAUGAUCUGUCCAGACCGAUGGACUUUCAGGUUUGUGUGUGUGCAUGUGCGUGCGUGCGUGCGUGUGUGUGUGUGUGUGUGUGUGUGUCUUCUUCCUUGGACACAGCCUCUAAUUCUGCCUUUAAUACUCAAAUGUAGGUGUCAUGAAGGUCAACUCAACAAAACCCGCAUUUACAGCUACACAGCACAGUUUUCUAUGUCUUUUACGCUGUAGCUUCUCCAUGCUCUACUUUUCUCCUUCAGGAUCAAAGAAGUGACAAUCACCAUCAACAGUACAAAGCCGUGUACUACAUCAUGACAAACUGUGCUUUUUCUGGGUCAUCACGGUGCUAUGUGUAUUCCGAUUACAGUCUACAUCACAGUACGGGAGUUGACCUCUGGUACUACCAGCUUACGAUCUCUGUCUAUCGACUCAAACAGGGAUACAUAUUCCAAACGUCUCUGCCAUUUUGAUUUGUUUUGAUUCUAUUUUGUAUAAAUGCUAUGUCACUACCUAUAUCAACUCACCUAUAUUUAUUGUGAAAAAUAUCUUGGUGUUUGCAUAGUUGAAGGAAAUUAAUAUAUUAUAUAUGAGGAAAUUGUUUUAAAUUUAAUUUGAUAAUAUAUUGCACAUUAGAAGAACGAAAAAUAACUUUACUUACGUUUUGGAAAAUGUAAAACCAUGGGAUAGCUUUGAGCUGAAGAUAGUCUAAAUAAGUGUCAUUUAUGUUAUUAUAAUGUUAAGGUAGUUAAGAUAUCUUACGUAGUCUUACUUUCUGUGGUACUGCAGCUCGAGACAAUAGCCAUGUACGUUUAUCAUUAUUUACCUUUUGAUCCAUACUCGUUGAAAAGGACCAAUAUUGUAUUUUCUGUUCCCCUUCAUUUUCAUUUUUGCUCUCCUUUUUACCAUUGGGGUAAGUUUUCUCACAGUCCUGAUAGGUUGAAGUUGUUUUCUUAUUAUCAAAGAACAGCAUACUUGAUCUUCUGCACAAUUAAGAGUUUAAUCGUAUAUUUUGCUAUAACUUGGAACUUAAGCUAUAUGUUGAAACAACUGUGCUAUAUAAUUUGUUCUCUAGUCUUAAUAUGAAUGUUGCUACUAAAUUUCAACAGAACUCCAUUGAAACUUCAGGAAUAUGAAGAAACCGUUUACUGUACUUUCUGCUUUUUUCCGAUAGGGACUUUCUCUCUAUCCCAAAUGUCAAGCAUCCGGAAACGUAUAUUUUAUUCUGAUGCUGCUUGUCUUUCUCAAUGCUGGAACGUGCAAGACUGCUGUUUAGUGCAUGGACAAUAGUGCUACAUCUUGGUACAACCUCCAAUAUGGAGUUAGAUAUCUGCCCUUAACAUAUUCUACACGUAUUUAGGUGACUCACAAUCUAUUUUGGCGGAUAUCUACCUCCAUAUAUCGACCACUUAUCUAUGAAAAUGACAACGAAUUGAACCAUAAAGAUGUGUUGUACAUAUUUGUAAACCCUGUUUCUUACACUGAAUUUACACUUUGUACACACUUAAUGGAUUCAGAUCACAUGACUUCACAAUCCAAAUAAACUGUGAAAGGUC